AUGGCGGGCACAGCAGCGGGGAUAGGGCUAGCACUACCAUUAUCAGCAUCGGCAAAAGAACCACUACUACCAGCUUGGUUUGGAUUGGGAUUUGGUUUGAGUUUGGGUGGUGGUGUUGGAUCAUGUUUACGUUUGGCACUUAGGUCAAAAGUAUAUUUUGGACUAGAACAACUCCCUGAUCAUGUGGGACAGCAGGAUGGUACACAUGAAUAUACCUUAGUAAAGGAACGAAAACCAAGAUCUGUUUCAACGGGAACGAAGACGUCAAAAAAAACUGCUGCUCGUCGCCGUGUUGGUCGCCGCAUGAUUAUUGAUAUUCAUUUAGAAGUCUUAGACGAAUGUCAAAAAGGGGAUCUGAAUUCGACGAAGGAAGACUUUUUUGAAAUAUUAGUUCAAGAAUUUAUGGGAUCAAAAUUCAUGAAAGAAGAAAGUGCUCCUACGGAAGAUGUUCCUAAGGAGCAGGUUCCAAGUUAA